AUGCCUCAUAUCGGGGCUGUGUUUGUUUUAUGCAUUGGUAUAUUGAUUGAAUCCUGUUGUAGCAUAAUCUUUGGAUUUUUACCGCACAUUCUGAAUAAUGCGGUAUUUGUUGGGUUUUGCAUUAUUACUCGAGCUUUUCAGGGGACUGGUUUGGCAUGCGUUCAAACUGCAUCCCUUGCAAUAACGUCAUCGAUAUUUAGCGAAAAUAUUGCCUCAGCAACGAGUGUGAUAGAAGUUCUUACAGCUUUAGGCUACACGGCUGGACCUACUGUUGGUGGACUGCUUUAUCAGGCGGGUGGUUUUAAACUACCCUUUCUUGUUAUAGGGUCUACAAUGCUAAUAGUUGGAUUUACAGCAAUUUUCUUCUUACCCACAAUUAAAGGUUCUCGUACGUCUGCUCCUGGAGCUAUAAUGAAGAAAUUACUGAUUUAUCCACGUAUAAUUUUAAUGUGCUGCAGUGUGACAUUACUGAUGAUCCUAUUUGGUUCAGUAGACUUAGGCUUAGCUCUGCAUAUCAAACCGGGCUAUCGACAGUUCGUUAUCGGUGGUUGCUUUGCUAUAGGAAUUGCUGCACAAUUCGUUGGACCCGCUCCAUAUCUAAAUAUUCCGCUCUCUAUCGCGCAAAUUAUUCCUUCACUCUUCAUAACUGGAAUGGGGACUGCAGCGGUAUUUACGCCAGCUUUUGGUGAUAUUCUGGCAUCUGCUACGAUGAAUUCAGGCCUUAAUGAUGAUGAUAACGAGGAAACUGUGAUUGCCGACAACAGCAAUUUCUCUACAGUUUCUGUGGUUUCUGGAAUAUUUACUGCAUUCAGUGCUCUAGGAAAAAUGUCCUCCGAUACUGAGAGAUUUAUCUGCUACUCUUCUGAUACUAGCGAAAAAUCGCUAUAA